AUGGGAUUCGGCUCAUUCGAUCAGAUAUGCAAUAGGACGGCACUUCCUAUAUGCUCGGUAGUGGGAGCAAUCAACCAAACGUCGGUGUUCCAGCGCGGUGUCGUGCCGCAAUGUUAUGCCCGGUCAGUGGAGUUGGCCAACACGAUGAUUUUCCAAAUCGGCAACGCCUUUGUCCAGUUUGGCGGGUUGAUCUUGUUCUUGAUCAUCAUUUUCAACGUGCGUGCCAAGUACACCGCGAUUGGGCGGACCGAGAUGUUGAACUUUAUGUACUUGAUGAUUGGCUUGUUGGUGAGCUCGUUGAUUGUCGAUUGCGGUGUUGCUCCACCCAGUUCGGCAACGUAUGCUUAUUUCGUGGCGUUGCAAAUUGGCGUGGCGCUGAGUUGCUGUAUAUGUUUGCUUUUCAAUGGUAUCUUGUGUUUCCAAUUUUGGGAAGAUGGCACGCGCAAGCUGAUGUGGACGUUGCGUUUCUUAUGCUUUGGCUGGUUCGCCGUCAAUUUCAUCGUGGCGAUCAUCACCUUCAAAUCGUGGAACACGGCUUUGGAUUUCAGGAAAACCACCUUGUUGUUUGUGCUCGCGUACGUUAUCAACGCCCUCAUCUUGGCCGUUUACGUGGUGUCGCAGAUUGUGCUCGUGAUUUUCGCCUUGGACAGCUAUUGGCCGCUAGGUGCCGUGUGUCUCGGGGUCUUUUUCUUUGUCGCGGGCCAAUUGUUGACGUAUGCAUUCAGUGAAGAGAUCUGCCGAGGCGCAAGCCAUUACAUCGACGGCAUCUUUUUCGGCUCCGUGUGCAACAUUUUUGCAGUGAUGAUGAUUUACAAGUAUUGGGAUAUGAUCACCUCGGACGAUUUGGAGUUUAGUGUCGCUAACGUCGAGCAGGUUGUCAAUGAGUUUGGCAAUGGUGCCCCUGGUGGUGCUGGCCCCGCGGGCGUUUACGAUGAGAAAAGGUCAAGCAUGUUCUUUUAA